AUGGACGGCAAGCUGGUUGCACAGAUGCGAGCACUGGUGGAGCUGCUGCAGACGCAGCCCCAGUUGGUGCACGCGCCAGAGUUUGACUUUUUCCGUGACUACCUCCUUUCUCUUGGUGCCACGUUGCCCCCGACAUCGACCCCAGAGCCUGAAGUGCCCCUGGGCAUGGAUGACAGCCCCGCCACCUCGGAGCAGGAUGCCGAGUCGGCCGAGAUGCCAGCCGACCUGAAUCUGACCGAUGUUGUGUCUCAAGAGCCAGCGGCCGGCCCUUACGUGCCCGGUCAGCCGGACAAGGUGGCCACCGAUGCAGAGCAAGAGAUUGCCGACGCUGAAUUUUCUGCUGCGCGCCGCUUGCUGAGCGAGGACCCAGCCGCGGCUUUGGUGAAGAUCAAUGCCGCCAUCGCGGCUGCUCCCUCAGCUCGCGCGUAUGCUCUCCGUGCUCGCAUCUAUGUUGCCAUGAAGUUGCCCUCUUAUGCUGUGCAGGACGGUGCCGCGGCCCUCAGCCUUAAUAGCGACUCGGCUCAAGCCCUCAAGUGGCUGGGCAAGGCUCACGCCAUGCUGGCUCACUGGGACGAUGCUGUCAAGUACCUGGCUGCUGCCAAUCAAAUUGACUUUGAUGAAGCUACUGCAGAGUGGCUAAAGCAAGCCAAGGAAAACGUCCGCAAGAUCCAAGAGUUUCGUCGCAGCAAGAAUGCCCAGGCUCCCAAAGUUGCAGUCAACCUGCCGCCCGGCAUGGAGAACCAUCCCAUGCGCGAGACCUUGGAGGAGAAUCCCGAGCUUGCAGCCACCUUUAACAACUUGACCAAGAACCCAAUGUUGGCAUCCCUUAUGACGGACCCAGAGGUGGUUGAAAUGCUCAAGGAUCCGGAUGUGUUGGCCUACCUCGUGUCCAUCAAGGACAAUCCCAUGAGCAUUUUGACCAACCCGCCGUCCAACCCCAAGGUGCAAGGUGUCUUUCAAAAGCUCAUGGGCCGCUUCAUGGGUGGCGGCGCUGCAGGCGGUGCUGGAGGAGCGGGUGGCCUCAACGACCUGCUUGGUGGUAUGAUGGGCGGCAUGGGCGGCAUGGGUGGCGGACCUCGUCCAGGCGCCAGUGCGCCUUCCGCCUCGGCGGCUUCGAGUUUUGGCCAGCGUGCUGCCUCGCGCUAUGCAGCACAUGCUCAGUCAACCAAACUCAUUGGUGGCAUGAGAAAGUGGAGUAAAGGCAUGCGAAAAUCAACGACCGGCUGGCCCAAGGCACUUGAUGGCAUACACAGCAAGGGCAAGAUGGCUCGCCCAGCCAUGAACAAGUCCACGCGGACACUGGGUUGA